CUCUUGGCUCCUGGAAAUGGAACCCAGCUUGGGACAGCAAUGGGAAGGAAUUUGACUUGUCCUUUUGGCGUCUCCCCAGCCUGUGGAACCCAGGCCUCUUGGAGCAUCUUUGGGGCUGACGCAGCGGAGGUUCCGGGCACAAGCGGCCACUCCAGCCAGGAGGCUGCCAUGCCCCACAUUCCUGAGGAUGAGGAGCCCCCCGGAGAGUCACAGGCAGCCCAGAGCCAAGACCCUCCCUCUGCAGGACUGUUUCACAGCCCACCUACAAUCAUUCUGACCGGGGAUGCCGGUUCACCAGAAGGAGAAACGGACAAAAAACUGGCCAACAGAGCUCCCAGUCCCCAGCGGAGGCCUUCUCACCGACACUUGAAGGUUUCCACAGCUCCACUGACUUCUGUGGACCCUGCGGGGCAUGUCAUCGACCUGGUAAAUGAUCAGCUGCCGGACAUCAGCAUCUCCGAGGAAGACAAGAAGAAAAACCUGGCCCUGCUGGAAGAAGCCAAGUCGGUGAGUGAGAGAUUCCUGACGCGCCGUGGGAGAAAGUCCAGGAGCAGCCCCGGAGACUCCCCGUCAGGUUUAGGUGCAUGCAGCAGCCUGCAGUCCCCUCUGCCAGGAGCGCCACCACAGAAGGGAGAUGAGGCCGACGUCUCUUCACCUCACCUUGGCGAUCCUAAUGUCCCCAAAGGGCUAGCUGACCGGAAGCAGAAUGACCAGAGGAAAAUGUCUCAGGGCAAGCUGGCUCCUUGCUCUCCCAUGGUUGAGAAGUCCAAAGAGCUUGCAAUAGAACAAAAGGAAAACUUCGAUCCCCUCCAACACUCCGAGACCUCACCCAAGGGCCCAGCUUCUGGUGCAAUCUGCAGUGGGAAAAUGGCCCUGAACAGCCCCCAGCCUGGCCCUGCUGACAGCGAGCUGGGGAGGCCACUCCUGAAGACAGCCAAGGAAGGCAACCCUCUGCCAAGAAGUCCAGCCCAGGGCUCAGGAGGGGUGGCUCCUCCCUCCCAGGGAAAAGGCUCAGCUGAAGAGCCCCUGGGCUCCAAGGUCAGCUCCAAAGCUGAGCUCCGGCCCCCUGUGUCUCGGCCCCCCCUGAUACGGGGUGUCUCCUGGGACAGCAGCCCUGAAGAACCUGGCCCCCGGCUGCAGAAAGUGCUUGCCAAGCUGCCACAGGCAGAGGACGAGAAGCGGUUUCCAGGCAAAGCCAUCAGCAAGCUGGCCAAGGCUCCUGGACUCAAAGAUUUCCAGAUCCAAGUGCAGCCAGUGCGCAUGCAAAAACUGACCAAGCUCCGUGAGGAGCACAUCCUGAUGAGGAAUCAGAAUCUGGUGGGGCUCAAGCUUCCUGAACUGAGUGAGGCAGCUGAGCAAGAGAAAGGGCUCCCUUCUGAAUUCUCCCCACCGAUGGAGGAUGAAGAGUCAAAAAGUGGCUUAGAUGUCAUGCCCAAUAUUUCUGAUGUGCUGCUGCGCAAACUGCGGGUCCACAAGUCUCUCUCUGGAAGUGCCCCUCCACUUACUGAAAAGGAAGUUGAGAACGUGUUUGUGCAACUGUCCUUGGCCUUUAGAAAUGACAGCUACACCCUGGAAUCUAGAAUUAACCAGGCUGAAAGAGAACGCAACCUGACAGAGGAGAACACAGAAAAGGAACUGGAAAACUUCAAAACUUCCAUUACGUCCUCAGCAUCACUCUGGCACCACUGUGAGCACCGUGAGACCUACCAGAAGCUGCUGGAGGACAUCGCAGUCCUGCACCGCCUGGCUGCCCGUCUUUCCAGCCGAGCCGAGGUGGUGGGGGCUGUCCGCCAGGAAAAGCGCAUGUCCAAAGCAACCGAGGUGAUGAUGCAGUACGUGGAAAAUCUGAAGAGGACGUACGAGAAGGACCACGCGGAACUCAUGGAGUUUAAGAAACUUGCAAAUCAGAAUUCAAGCCGCAGUUGUGGCCCUUCUGAAGACGGUGUCCCCCGCACAGCACGGUCCAUGUCCCUCACGAUGGGAAAGAACAUGCCCCGCCGAAGGGUCAGUGUUGCUGUGGUUCCCAAGUUUAAUGCCUUGAACCUGCCUGGCCAAUCACCCAGCUCAUCACCCAUCCCCUCCUUACCAGUCCUGUCAGAAUCACCCAAUGGGAAAGGCAACCUACCUGUCACCCCAGCACUGCCUGCACUUUUGGAAAAUGGAAAGACAAAUGGGGAGGCAGACUGUGAAGCCUCAGCUCCCGUGCCACCGCCGAGCUGCCUGGAGGAGAUAAGCCAAGAGACCAAGACCAGGGUGGAGGAAGAAGCCUACAACAAGGGAUACCAGGAAGGUCUCAAGAAGAACAAAGAACUUCAAGACCUGAAGGAGGAUGAAGAAGAACAGAAGAGUGAGAGUCCUGAGGAACCUGAGGAAGUAGAAGAAACUGAGGACGAGGAAAAGGACCAGAGAAGCAGCAAACUUGAAGAAUUGGUCCAUUUCUUACAAGUCAUGUAUCCCAAACUGUGUCAGCACUGGCAAGUGAUCUGGAUGAUGGCUGCUGUGAUGCUGGUCUUGACUAUCGUGCUGGGGCUCUACAAAUCCUAUAACUCUUGUGUGGAGCAGGCUGAUGGGCCCCUAGGAAGAUCCACCUGCUCGGCAGCCCAGAGGGACUCCUGGUGGAGCUCAGGACUCCAGCAAGAGCAACCUACAGAACAGUAGGAAACCUAAUUCAGCCCACGACCCUGCCCCUGAGUAUAGUGUGUCAGGCCCAGGUGUGGACAUGCUGCCACCCAUCUCAUCAUGGAAUGAGGAGGGCUUCCUUCACACUCAGUGCCUGGUUUGGAGUAGCCAUAGUGAAGAGCUAUUCAAACACAGUAACUUAAUGUUCUUGAAAGAUCAACAAAACUGCCCUGGGAAAACAGGCAGUGGAUGAAGUGACCUUCACCAAGGAACUCUAGCUGAAGGAAAAGUCUCCUACCCUAGCUCAGAUGGUUCAGGAGAACUGAAACACCUUCACUAAGGGACAGUUAGAAGCUCACUGUCCUCUUUUUUUCUCUCUGGAGU